AUGCCUCAGCCAACUCAACGCCAAGCCUGGCGUCGAACAGACGAUUAUGCAAAGGGCGCCCCCAAGGUGAAACUCGUCACAGAAGAUCUUCCUCUACCUCUUCAUCCAACCGCCGUUCUCAUAAAAGUGCACGCAGUUGCUCUCAACUAUCGCGAUGCCAACAUAGCCAAUGGCGGUAACCCCUGGCCUGUUACUCCCAAUGGUAUUCCUGGAAAUGAUGCCGCCGGUGAGAUCGUUUCAGUCGGGAAUAGAGUCUCGCUCGUCAAAGCGGGCGAUCGUGUUGCUCCGAUCACGGACUCAAAAUUUGUGAAUGCUCGCUCGACGGGAAGAUCUUGGCUCGCGGCCAAUGAAGAUGGAAUCUUGGCCACUAACAUUGCCUUUGAUGAGAAGCUUCGAUCAUCCCCUGUGCUGGAAGCAGUUCGGAAAACCAGAGAUCCAAGCCGUCAACUACAAGGCUCACCCAGAAUGCACAAGGAAGUCCUUCGUCUAACAAACGGUGUCGGCGUUGAUCUCGUCAUUGAGAACGGUGGCAGCAGUUCUCUCGUUCGCUCCAUGGAGUGCACUCGACGUGGAGGCAUUGUGAGCCAAGUUGGUUAUCUGGGCGGCCCUAAACCUGAAAAUUUGAAGGAGUUUGUUUCCACUAUCAUUGAUCGACGACUGAACGUUCGUGGUAUCAACGCAGGAUCUAAGGAUGAUCAGGAUGAGCUUAUAGCUGCCAUCUCUGCGACACAGAUAGCUUUUGAGGAUAUCCUCGACUCAACUUGGUCUUUCGACAAGGCAGAUAAGGCAAUCGAGUAUGUUUGGCAAGGCAAACAGGUUGGAAAGGUCGUCAUCAAACUUGGUGAUUAG